GGUGGGAACUGCAUCUUCUUCUUCUUCAGCUGGAGAAUCUGAUUCUGAGGCAUGGGUUCGUUGAUCGACGACGGCGCCGCCACCGCCACCGGGUUCGAGUCGUCGCCGGAGAUGGUGAAGUUUCUAUGCGAAAGAUUGCUCGACCCGGCCCAGCCCAUAUCGGAGCGGUUUAGAGCGUUGUUCUCUCUCCGCAACCUCAAAGGCGCUGCCCCACGCAACGCCCUAAUUACCGCAACAAGGGAUUCUUCUAACUUGUUGGCGCAUGAGGCUGCGUUUGCAUUGGGUCAAAUGCAAGACGCGGAAGCCAUUCCUGCUUUGAUUGCGGUUCUCAAUGAUUUCUCUCUGCAUCCCAUUGUUCGUCAUGAGGCAGCGGAAGCUCUUGGUGCAAUUGGUUUGGAGAGUAAUGUUCCUCUUUUAAAGAAUAGCCUGGCUUCGGAUCCAGCUCAGGAGGUAAAAGAAACUUGUGAGUUGGCCCUUAAUCGAAUUGAGCAGUUGAAGAAUGCUAGUAGUCAAUCCAUGGAUGAAAAAUCACCUUUUAUGUCUGUGGAUCCAGCUGCACCGGCUACUUCAGGUUCUUCUGUAAAUCAGUUAAGGGAGGCUCUUCUGGACGAAAAAAAGAGUAUGUAUGAGCGGUAUUCAGCUCUCUUUGCACUUCGGAAUCAUGGAGGUGAUGAAGCUGUUACUGCUAUUAUAGAUUCUUUGGGGUCCCAAAGUGCUCUCUUGCGGCACGAGGUUGCUUAUGUGUUGGGCCAAUUACAAGAUAAAGCUGCUUCAGCUGCUCUAUCCAACAUACUUAUGGAUAAAAAUGAGCACCCAAUGGUUAGACAUGAGGCUGCUGAAGCUCUUGGUUCCAUUGCAGAUGAGCAAAGUGUAUCCCUUCUCAAGGAAUUUGCAAUGGAUCCUGAGUCUAUCGUGUCUCAGAGCUGUGAAGUUGCUCUAAGCAUGCUGGAAUAUGAAGGCUCAGGCAAAUCAUUUGAGUACCUCUUCAUGCAAGCUCCUCAAGUACAGUAGACAACAACAUUGUGCUUUACUUGCGGAAGUGCCAGAUUAUUCGAGUUUUGAUUCAUGAGUAUAAGCAUGAAGUUGGGGAGAGGGAACAAACAGAUUUUUUUUGCUUCGUCUAAGUCGAGUACCGUAUUAAAACCCAAAUGCUCAUUGCUUGAUGCGUUUACAAUUUAUGCUGUAUUAGGUAACCUGCACCAUAUAUGAAUCAGAAAUCAGAUAUCUUAGCACAUGCUUCAAGUUCAAAGUAUAGACACCAGUAGUAGAUGGUUGUUAUUCAUGCUCAAAUCUAUUAUUAUCUCUGAACAUUUGGAAUUGCAUGAUGAGAUUGUGAAAAAUACAGCUCUUCAAGUUUCUAC